UUGUUUGGAGGUUCAGAAUAAUGAAAACAAUCAGAUAAAUUGUUUUCUUACGGUAAAGAUAUUAUUUUUCCAACCCUUGAAACACCCUCCGGAAAGAUCAUCUUCCCAGUUUGUAGUUGGUCGGUGUCCUCUUAGUGAGUGUGUAGUGUCGUCGCGCCUUGGAAAGCAGUUAAGUGUCCGAUAUCGCAAGAUGAUGCUAUCGAAGAAGCUUAUACCCCGCACCAUUGCAAAUAUAGCAACCCGGGCGUAUUCCGUCGAAGCUAGUAGGAAUUACGACAUAGUGGUUGUGGGUGGAGGCAUCGUCGGGACAGCAUCGGCUCGCGAAAUUUUGCUACGACAUCCAACGCUCAAGAUCGCGAUCGUGGAGAAGGAACCGAAACUCGCCUUUCACCAGAGUGGACACAACAGUGGUGUGAUCCAUGCAGGCAUCUACUACAAACCGGGUUCACUCAAGGCGAAACUUUGUGUCGAGGGUCUGCAUUUAAGCUACAAGUACUUUGACGAGAAGAAUGUGCCCUACAAGAAGGUCGGCAAGCUGAUAGUGGCCACCAACGCGGUGGAAGUCGAGCGGUUGAAUGAUUUGUAUCAGCGUUCGUUAGCCAACAAUGUACCUGGUGUGCAAAUGGUCGAUGAAGCGAAGAUCAAGGAAAUCGAACCGUACUGCAAAGGACUGAAGGCCAUUUGGUCGCCCCAUACGGGUAUCGUCGAUUGGGGCCUCGUAACGCAGUACUAUUCGCGUGACUUCAAGGCCGCCGGAGGGGACGUUUAUGUGAACUUUAAGGUGAGCAAAUUCACCGAAGCAACGGAUAACCUGGACUAUCCGAUUGUGGUGCGUAGCGAGAAGGGUGAUGAGAUUCGCGCCCGAAACAUCCUCACCUGCGGUGGAUUGCAGUCGGAUAAGCUGGCCGAGAUGACCGGUUGUCCUUCGGUGCCGAAGAUCGUCCCAUUCCGGGGCGAGUACCUGUUGCUCAAUCCGGACAAGUGCCACAUGGUACGUGGCAACAUUUAUCCCGUGCCCGAUCCACGGUUUCCUUUCCUUGGCGUGCAUUUUACGCCGCGCAUGGAUGGCAGCGUGUGGCUCGGACCGAACGCAGUUUUGGCUUUCCGCCGCGAGGGCUACAAGUGGUCUGACAUCAACGUGCCAGAGCUGAUCGACGCGCUACGGUUCCCAGGACUGAUCAAAAUGGCCUCCAAGUUUAUUGGUGCUGGCAUUAUGGAAGUCGCCCGCUCGGCCAUUAUACCGUUGCAGGUACGGGAGCUGCAGAAAUUUAUCCCAGACAUCCACGAAUACGAUGUAGCCCGCGGACCGGCCGGAGUGCGUGCCCAAGCCCUCGAUAACGAUGGCAAUCUCGUCGAUGAUUUUGUGUUCGAUCAUGGUAAAGGAAACUCGGCCCUAUCGAAGAACAUACUUCACUGCCGCAAUGCCCCUUCGCCCGGGGCGACAAGCUCGUUGUCGAUCGCGAAAAUGAUUGCCGAUAAAAUUGAGGAAGAGUUUCACAUUGCUAAGUAGAACCCGAAGCGGAAACCGCCUACUGCCAUAUCGGAAUUGUGUGGAGCAAUCAAUGGAACUAGAUUCCAACGGGUGGUGUUGCAAUUUAUUUUAUUUCACGGAUGCGUUUUAUUGCCUCGACGGUUCAUUUGUUGCCUAAUAUUUAAGAAUAAACAAAUA